AUGUUUUUAUCUCGUCGAGCUAGUGGAUUUCGAGCUAUUCUUAUUAUUUUAACAAUUGUUCUUAUUCUAAUUAUUCUAUCAAAAUAUUUUGUUAAAAAUAAUCAUCAACGAUCUAUAUCAAUGAGUAAUUAUGAUACAAAUACUAAAGUGAAUAUAUUUACACAAAAGAAUUUAAUAAAUAAAAAUUCUGAAUUUAUUAAAAAUAUGCCAAAUUUACCAUCUAAUUUAAUUCAAAUUGUUAAUCAUUCAAUAUCAUUAUAUGUUCAUUUUGAUUUAAAAGGUGCUUCACCUAAAAUAUCAUAUUUUGAAAAAUUAUUUCCAUUAUUACAUAAAUGGGGUGCAACAGGUAUUUGCAUAGAAUAUGAAGAUAUGUUUCCAUUUGAUGGAAUUGUUAGUUCAAUUAAACAUAAACAAGCAUAUACGAAAGAUGAUAUUGAAAAAAUUAAUCAAUUAGCAAAAGAAAAUCAUUUAGAUGUUAUGCCUUUAUUACAAACUUAUGGUCAUUUAGAAUUUUUAUUAAAAUUAAAAGAUUUCAGUGAUUUACGUGAAAAUCCGAAAUAUCCUCAAGUUAUAACACCAUGUAUAAAUAAAACCUAUACAAUCCUUUUUUCUAUGAUUGAUCAAUAUUUAAAUUUACAUCCAAAUAUACGUUUUUUUCAUAUUGGUCAUGAUGAAGUUUAUUAUUUUUUAACAAAUCCUGCUUGUGAAGAAUUUCAACGUUUAACUGGUAUUCAAAAUCAAUAUGAUUUAUUUGCUUAUCAUUUAAAUAUAAUCGCUAAUUAUAUUAAGAAAAAAUCUCCUGAUAUAAUUCUAUUCGUUUGGCAUGAUGUUUUACAAAAUUUAAAUAUACAAAUGUUACAAAAAUAUAAUUUAUUAAAUUUAAUUAAUCCGGUUUUAUGGUCUUAUAGAGAAGAUAUGCAUGUUGAAGGAUUUGUUAUUGGUUCACAAGCAGAUCUAUUUGGUCAAUAUCAGACUUUAUGGGGUGCAACUGCAUUUAAAGGUGCAACAAAUGAAAUUGCAACUUUAAGUGAUGUUAAACAUUAUCAUGAAAAUCAAUUAUCAUGGAUUAAACAAUUACAAUUAUAUAUUCCAACCAAAUGGAAAAAUUUCGAUGGAGUUAUUUUAACUGGAUGGUCACGAUAUGAUCAUUUUCUUUCAUUAUGUGAAUUAUUACCUUAUUCAAUUCCAUCAAUGAUUUAUUCAAUAGCUGCAUGGCAACAACAAUUUAGUAGUCUUCCUAAACUUGAUAUUGUUCCAAGUUCAUUACAUGAAUAUGUACAAAAACAAUUAGAAUGUUCAUCCGCACUUCAUAUAACUGUUCAAGAUCAUUCAACAAAACCAGUACCGAAAUGUAAAUUUCCUGGUGCUGGUGUUUAUGAAGCUAUGAUAUCUUUACCACGUAUAUGGUUACAAGUUCAAGAAGCUGAAUCGUUUGUUAAUAAAUAUGUAACUGAUCUUCAUGUUCGAUAUAAAUAUAUUCAUAUCAAACGUGGAGAAGAAUGUUUAGAAAAAUUAACACCUGUAAUAAAUUUAUUAAAAGCAUUUCUUAUAUCAUUUACUAAUUCAAUGAAUGAAGUAUUUCCAUCACAAGUUGCUAUUGAAUGGCUUGAAACAUAUUUUAUGAAACGUUAUAAUUUAGUUAAUGAACGACAUGAAUUUAUUCAACAUGCUGUUAAUGAACAAAAAUCAUGGUUACCAAGACCAAUACCAGAUACAGAAAAUCUUGAAAUUAAUUAUAAAAAUAAAAGUUGA